AUGCCACCAAAUGUUUGGGUCCGCAGCCAUCCCCUAGGGAGUGAAGCUGUGACUGGAUUCACUCUGAAAGCUGGAAACAUAAGUGUGGGCAAAAAUCUGCUUAGGGCCUUUUAUGAAGAGGAGAGCGAUGAAGUGCUCACCAUUGUAUUCAAAGAUAAGGACUCUGAAGCUGAAGACCCAUCAUAUAUACCUGGACAGAGGUCAUAA